AUGGAGUUUGCACAAAUUUUUGAGUACGCACGAAUCAUAAAGGUCCCCGGUCAUCAAAUCACUGAACGUACCAACAUAGAUGAUAAAUGUUAUGUCUACAGAAUCCUUAAUGAAGAUGCCACUCAUAUAAUUGCAAUCACAUCAACACCAAAAGUAGGAGAUAUAUUUCUAGGGAAGGUAACCAAAGCAUUUAAGAAACUAGCUGUGUUAGAGGUGGGACCAAUCCAAAUUCUUGUUGGGCGUAACGAAAAAGAUUCACCUUUAAAAGUAGAUGAUGUGAAAGUUGUCACACUAUUAAGAGUAAUAUUCAGAUCCUCCAGAUCAAUGGUACUAACAGUUGGUAGAAUUAUGGAGAGUCCAGAGUCUGACUGGAUAAUAGUCCCAGAAGGUUACUCAAUAUGUCCAAAAACACCUCCAUUAAGUUUCUUCAGUUGGGUUAAGUAA